ACUUUUCAAAAGUGGUAUCUGUUUUCGCUUUCAGGAUCAUAGAUGAAACAUAUGAAAAGCAGUGCAGAUAUGAAUAACUUUUUGGCAAAUAUAUCAUUGAUGGUAGCAAAAACAUCGGUUGCAAUAUAUAUAGUGAAACAGACACCAAAGAAUGUAUCAUGUUAUAACUUUGUAAAAUUUCUACAGAAUCAGUAUCAAAAAAGAGAAAAGGAGAAAGAAUUAUUGAUGAACUUUUAUUUUAUUUAUGAAAGACAAAGUUAUCGAAAUUCAGAUAAUGAAAUCAAUGUUAUAAAUAAUAGUGAAAUAAAAGGUAAGGUAAUUUUUGCAAAAAAAAUUUCACUUCUGAAUAUUUAAAUAUAGAAAUUUAUGACUAUAUUCAUCAUAAUUCUUAUCGAUUGAAAAUGAUUAAAUUUAACCUGGAAAAUAUUUCAAUAAUCCCAACCAAUCAAAUUGUUCAUCAAAUAAGAUAUAGUUUAAGAGAGAUAUUCUUUUUUUCUACUAAUAUACUUAUACAUGCUUUUAAAGAAAGCAGUAAAAAUGGUUUAAUUUGUUCAAAGAAAAUGAACACUUAUAUAAAUAUUAAAGAAGAUGUACAAAUUUUAUUUCAUCUUUGGUUAAAUAAGACAAUGAUAUAUUUGAAAGAAAAACCAUAUGAAACUAUACAAUGUUUUAUGAUUUUAAAAUAUUUUAUUAUAUCAGAUAUUGUUCAUGUAGAAGAAGAUAUUAAUUUAUGGCGUUCAACAAUAAUUCAAUUAAUUCAAACUUUAUCCUAUAUAUUAAAUGUUUACUUGAAUACAUCAUAUCAUUGUGUAAUAAUACAAUUUAUUAAUGAAUUUAUAAAUGAUACUUUAAAAAAGUUGAAUGAAACAUUUCAAACAUUUAGUACACAAGAAGGAAAAGUAUUAUUUUUGAAAGCAAGUGAUUGUACUCAUCUAAUUUGGCUACUAAUAAAUUUUUUAAAAUAUUUUGAUAAACAAAUUUUUAAUAAAAUACAAGUAACAAAAUGGAUUAAAAUUUUAGAUAGAUACAUUGAAAUGAAACAAUCAUAUGGAAACCAAAUGAAAAAGUCACGAAUAAAUCAAUUAUCUAUUUUAUUGUUUAUUAUGUUUGUCUUAAAAGGUAAAAUAAUUAAAUUAACACUGAAGGUAUGAUGCAUAUUUCAAAAGUAAUACAAAGAUUAUUUUAUACACAUUUUCUAAUGUUGUGAAAAAAAAAGAAAAAAAAAUAAAUUUUAAUGUUUCUUUCUUUUAAUAGUAGCUUUUUUUGUAACGGAACAAUUGUAUCUUACUUAAUGUUUAUUAAGCCUAUUUAAUAUGAAAGUAGCAAAAAUAUUUUAUUAAAAUUUGCUAAAACAAUUAAGCAUCAGAGAAUGAAAAACGAAGUAUGUAAAACAAAUAUUUUACAGAUACAUAGUGUUAAAUUAUCAAUUGUCACCUGUGUCACAAAACGAGC